AAUAAAUAAAACUAUUAUAUUUACAUACUAUAUAAAUCGAGCCACUUAAAAUAAGGUUAAAAUUCACGUUUUAGCAAUAUAAAACAAAAAAUAAAAAAAGUGAAGCAGAAGAACAAAAGAAUUAUUGGCCUAAGCUAUGGCGUAUGGUAGGAUAACGUAGGAUUUCUAAAUGUUUGUAGGCAGUUUUAAAGGUUAAUAUAUUAAAUUAUGUAUAAUAUCGAAGAAGAAACUGGUAAAAUGUUGAAAAAUGGUGGAAGCUUUCAACGCGACAAAAGGGCUGAUCUUCGUGAAGAAAUAUUGCUUGAAACAAAUUUUGAUGAUGAUGGAAUUUUGACAAAAGCCUAUGCAAAUAAUCCUCUACCUUCAAAUAAAAGAAGAAGUAUUUUUCGUUCAGAUAAUUCCUUGGAUAGAUAUUCAGAUCACACCCUUCACGGACUUCCUAAACAAGGUGAAUGUUUUCAAUCAUUUAUUACGAGGGUUCCACAUGCUACCGUGAUUGCAACUCUAAUGUGCCUUCUUGGGGGAGGCAUUUUUUGUGGAACAAUGUAUAGAGGGGCUACAUUAACGAUUAUUAUGUUGGAUCAGGUUUUUCAUAUACGAUUAUUAUGGAUUGAAGCAGUGCAAAUGGUUUUUGUAAUAACAGCUGCCACUAUGGGUGCUCUUGGAUUUCUUAUCCUUUUCGUUGGAUUUCUAGCAACUGGUGCAACAAGACAUAAAGUUUAUAGAGGAACAAAAUCAAGAGUUGGAGGAAGAAUAUCAUGUGCUGUGCUCAUUGGUAUAACGUAUUUUUUGAAUUUUAUUUGGAUGUUGAUUUUAGCUUUUUUGAUUAUCGUCACUUUUAUAUACACAAUGUUUUGGAAUCUGUGUUCCAGCGUUGAAAAGUCUCGAACUUGUAUUGAUUUAACUCAGUUUCAUUUUAUGUUCCCCUCAAAUACGAAACAAGAGGAAUUGAAAAUAUGUGAGAACUAUGAGAUUAAAGCAUUUUGUAAAGAUUCAGUUGAGAAUGCAGAAGCUAUGUUUGUAUUGGCGACUUUAUCAGCACUUUUAGUGAUUUUAAGUCUGAUUCAUUAUUUGAUGUGCUUGUCAGCUAAUUAUGCGCAUAUUAGGGAUCACGAAAAAUUUCAAGAAUUAGAUGACUUACAUGUCUUAAAUGAAAUUGAAUACAGCGCGUCAUCGAAGGAUAGAUUCUAGGACAUGGCGAAGAUUAUUUUUAAGAAAGAAAUAAGACUAUAAAUUAAUUUUGUACUAUAUUUGUUAAUUAGUGCUAUUAAGUCGAAACAAAAAAGAUUUAUCAUAAAUGUACCACUAAAAAAUUUCUUUUAAAAUAUGUAUUUAUAAACGAAACGAACAUAUUUUUAAUACCAAAUUUUCUGCUCAAUUUAGAUAAAUUUAAA